AUGGCCCGAAAGACCAAACCGAAGUCUAAGCCAAAGGCGCCCCCUAUUCAUUCUGCCAAUUCCACGCCGGUGCAGCAGGACGAUGUCCAGGCCGCGUAUCAGAGCCUCGUGGAAGAAUGGCCGGCUGCUGUCACGAAAUACAGCGAAUUAUGGAAUCUCCAAUUCGCCCGUGAGAUAGAGACCCGUCUACCGACCGAACUGAGAGAGAUGAUAUACGACUAUAUGUGGGACAGGAAAACAUUGGAUGCUCAUAUAGAUUCCAUGCAAGACCGUCUCCGCCCUCGGAACACCAUAGACCCAUAUUUGCCCUUCAUUACCAGAGUACCAGACAAAGUACCAGAGUUGCCGCACUUCAUUCAGAGCCGCUUCAUGGGUUUGGAAAUAGCUCACGAAGUCAUGGCGAAGUGGUAUCAGCGACUAGAACAUUUUACCAGCUAUCCUGACGUCGAUGGCAAUGGCCUAGUUGAUUGGAUCACCAUACCCCUAUUGGAACGACUCGUUUGUCACGAUAUUUGGGACGUUGGACUUAUCCCCGCAGAUGUGUUGCGGUCACUGUAUGUUCGUCUACCAGACAAUGCAAUAGACGACCCUGCACAGGCCGAGACGCUUGUCAAGGUCCUGAUGAGCAUCAAGAAGAAGAAAGAUUUCUCUCUCGAGAUCGAAUUUGUUCAAGAGGAGGUCAAAUUAAACUUGUGGGUCCCGUGGAUCGAACUCCUGAGACCUGUUGUCCAAGCAUAUGACCGCGAAGGAGGGUUUUUGCAUUUCCAAUGGAUGCAUCCGAAUCUGGAAUACUGCGAGAUAGAGUUUAAGCUCGCCGACGUGCUCAGAGAUACGAGUGGAAGUGAUAAGUGGAGGCAAGAAGCGAGAGAGUAUCUGGACAGUCUGGAUGACUUGAUUUACAAAGAGGGUCGCGAGAGUCCGUUGAUCGCAUUUUCGGAACGCCAUUACCUUUGCGAGAAUGAGCCAGAUUAUGACCCCGAGGAUUAUGAUCAUCCUGCGCUCAACACUCCGCCCGGCUUCUAUCCUGAAUCAGAUUAUGGCGAUAGCGAAGAUGGUAGCGAAGAUGAUAGCGAAGAUGAUGCUAGUCAAGACUAA